CCGGGGCCUCCUCCGUUCAGUCAGUUAGGCUCAACCGACCGCUCGACGUCAAGGACAUCGAGGACGUUGGCAGGGUCGUGAGAGUAUACCGGACACGCGGACAGUGAGCCAGACUCACUCAACACCCCCAUCGCGAGAGACAUGCCCUCCGUCGAACUCAGUGCGGACUCGGCCACACAGAGCGAAUGGAGUCCCCAUAUUCUCUUAGCUUUUAUGCACUCUCAGUCACAGAACGCGCUGACGAGGCUAUAUCAGAGGCCAUCAGCGUGUCUCUCUAUUUUCCGUCUUGUGCAACCGCUGGAACGCCAGCUAAUCAUGAACCUUCUAUGGCUCGAAUCUGCCAUACCGAUGUCGACAAUGUCGGCGUGGGUUACACAUGAGGGUAAAAAGCCUUACAGUGACUCCCUUUCCACGUUAGCACGUCUCCAUAUAAUCCCAAAUUCAACAACGAAGCUUGCAUUGAAUCCCACAUUCCGAGCAUCGCUACGACAAGCUAUCACUAGCGGAGGGACGACAGGAAGCUUUGGAGUACCGGCGGAACCCGACCCGCAACAUCCGUCUCCUGACAUCGCUACAUUGGAUGCGUAUGCCCUCGAACGUUGGGAGACCAUUCUCCACUACAUGGUAUCCUCCGGAACAGGACAACAUCCUACGAAGCCUUCGCAGGAAGUUCUGUUUCUCUUGCAACGAAGCGGUCUAAUGACGAAAAUGCACGGCGGCGUCCUGCAGAUAACAUCGUCUGGCUUCCAAUUUCUGUUGCAUGAUCCUCACGCUCAACUGUGGGAGCUGUUGCUGCAAUUUCUUCAUAUGGCAGAGGAACGACAAAUGGAUCUGGUGGAGGUUUUGAGCUUCUUGUUAAUGUUAUCAACGAUGGAGCUUGGCCGGGAAUAUUCAACGGAGAAUCUGAGUCCCACCCAGGGCGCUAUGCUCGCGGACUUGCGUAAUUACGGCUUGAUCUGGCAGCACAAUACGUCCGCCCAUCGCUUCUGUCCGUCCCGUCUAGCCACAACGCUAACAUCGUCGUCGCCUCCUCUGCCGACCUCCCGUAGUACAGGAGGCGGCUCUCAUGACCAAGGGUUCAUUGUAUUGGAGACAAAUUACAGACUGUAUGCAUACACUGACAAUCCUCUGCAGAUUGCCGUGCUGAACCUCUUCGUGAAUAUGAAAUCUCGAUUCCCGAAUCUCGUCGUCGGUGCGAUAACUCGUGAGAGUGUCAAGAAGGCCCUUGCGAAUGGUAUUACCGCGGAUCAAAUUAUUAGCUAUUUGACGACACACGCACACCCACAAAUGCGCAAGAAUAAACCUCUCCUACCAGUAACAGUGCAGGAUCAAAUACGCCUAUGGGAACUAGAGAAGAACAGACUGAAGUCGCAAGAAGGAUAUUUAUACACUGCAUUCGCUUCCCAGGCAGAUUAUGAAUACGUGCUCAACUACGCCAAGCAGCUGGACGUCGUGUUAUGGGAGAACCCGGCCAAGCGGUGUUUCUUCGGCACCCUGGAGGGGCAUGCUAACAUACGGGGAUUCAUCGAGAGGCGGUCUGCGGGCAUAGCGUAGCUUAGGUGUGGCUGACAAGAUCAGAUGGGAAUGCAUAUCGCCAUUCAUUCUCUGUAACCCUUGCGGUUCCAGGGCUAGUCGCUCAUGGUCGGCUAUGACGUAGUACGUUUGGACACUGGGAACGCACACUUGGUGCUGGUUCAUUCACA